UCUCGCGAGAGCGAGCGGCGGCUGCCCUUGGGCGCGGGGAGCCGGCGGGGUGUACAGUGUGCGGCCGGGGGUGCGCGACCAUGGCGCGGUCGCUUCUUCACCAGUACUGGGACCUCCCCGAAGGCACCGAGUGCCACCGCAAGGCCUACGCCAGCACCAGUGUCGGUGGUGCCGCUGGCCUGAUCGUCUCCGCCUACAGCAUCGCGCUCAAGCCGCCGGCCUCCUUCCUGGAGGGAGUGGCGAGGACGGGCCGGUACACAUUUACCGCAGCCGCCAUCGGCGCCAUAUUUGGCCUCACCACCUGCGUCAGCGCCCAGGUCCGCGGGAAGCCGGACGACCCCCUGAACUACCUCAUCGGAGGCUGCGCCGGGGGCCUGACACUGGGAGCGCGCGCUCACAGCUACGGGAUCGGAGUCGCCGCCUGCGCCUACAUGGGCCUCACGGCCGCCCUGGUCAAAAUGGGCCAGCUGGAGGGCUGGGAGGUGUUCGCGGAGCCCAAGGUGUGAGCCCCCGGCCGGGCCCUCACAGCCCCGACUGCGUCUAAAAAUAAAUGCUGUGCGUACCCGUG